UGUUUCAUAAUCUUGGCCUGGUAGUCUGCUAGAUGGAUGAAAAGGUUCUAUCAUCUGAUGCUCUCAAUGAUGGUAUAUGAAGCAUGAUGACACUUGAGGACUUCUUUACCUUGACUGAAAUAAAAAAUGGGCUUACAGCCCCAUGUAGAGUUGAGGAAUUGAUCAAUGUUAUGCAGAAGGAGAAGGAUUGUUUUGUGAAGAAUGUUAGCGAUGCAACCAGGCACUGGGCUGCUGUUGCAGGUGCUAUUGCUGCUACGGAGAAUAAAGAUUGUCUUGAUCUUUUUAUCCAAUUAGAUGGACUGAACUUUAUUCAAAGAUGGCUAAAGGAUGCUCAAGAGUUUAGUAAUGAUACAAAUGAUAGCACCGUGGAAGAGUCAAUCAUUGUUUUGUUGCAAGCACUUAAGAAACUUCAUAUAACUGCAGAAAAGUCCAUUUCUUCUGGGAUUUUGUUUACUGUUAAAGGUCUUUAUGAAAAUACUGACCAUUGCAAAUCUAGGUUUGGGAAGGAAUUAAGCGCACUCCUUGACAGAUGGAUGCAGGAGAUAAAUGAUAAAGCUUUGCUUCGUGACACAGAAAAUGUUGGUAUACAUUUUGAUGAAGAGAAUUCAAGUAUUGCUCAUGGGGGAGGAAGGUCAUCUGCUUCAGGUGGAUCUGUUUCAAGAGAAUUAGCCAGUGAUGGAAAACAAGUACCAGAACCUGUCAGAGAGAAAAUAUUUUCAGGAAGCCCUGAUGCUCUUCACCCAGAUAAGAAUGAAGAUUCAAAGGUUCAGUCUCCAAGAAAUGAGCUCGACUCUCAGUUGAUUUCAGGAAAUUCAGUUGUGAAAGAUAGAUCUCCAGAUUUGGCAUCAAACUCUGCUGUUAUGUUAGUUCCAACUGAGGAUGUCUCGAAGAAGGAAGAAACACCUCUGUGUUCUGUUGGAGGAGGAACCUCAGCUAGUGUGGCCUGUAGCCUUCCAGUUGCAAGGGAAGGCAGUGAUACUGAACAGUUAGAUGGUUCGAAGAAGUUGAAUGAGUUGCCAGAGGUUGAAAACCAGGUGCAUAAGAUUGAUGGCUCUUCUGGUAGGUCAUGUGUGACAGAGAAAUCAGAUAUCUCUUCACACUCUCCCAUGCAGGAUUCUGGAACUGGUUUAGAAGGAUUUGAUGCUGCCAACGGUGAAGAGUCUGCUAAAGAAGCUCCAGCUCAACAAGAUAAUGAUGGUCUUGACAAUGCUGGUAAUGCUGGUGUCUGUCGACGUAGUUCUAGUCUUGAUAGUGAGAGAGUUUCCACACUAGAUUCGACCAGUGGGAUAUCUGAUAAAAAAAUAAACUACUCUAGUACACCAGGGUUUAAAACUGCAGGUUCAGAGGGUGAGCGCUAUCGAAAUGCUCUCCGGGAUUUGUCAAUGAAUGGGAGUCUACUAGGAAAACUUGAGGAUUGUGGGGCUUCUUUUUCGAGGAUGGAAGACUUUGGACAAGUUAAUGGAGACAGACAGCGUCGGAGAAAGGAAGAUGACAGUCUAAUGACUGAUUCGGAAUUCUCGAAACCAAAACUAAAUUCCAAAACUUCAAACAUAAUUGAUAAGAGGUCAGAUAUGGAACUUGAGUAUGGGAUAGUUGAUGCGCUGGAGGUUGCUCGGCAAGUAGCUCAAGAAGUAGAAAGAGAAGUGGUGGAAUAUAGAGAGCCAUCCUGCAGCUCUUCUUCUGAUAAAGUGUCUGAUGGUGGAAUCAGGCCGCUGGGUAAACCAGAUACCAUGGUGGAAAAACAGGACCUGCCAACUGAUCUCCAUGGAAGGGAGAUUCAAUCUGCAAAAAGUCAUGUUGCUGAAUCAUAUUCUGAUGCGGAGACAUGCUUAACUCAUCCAGAUAAUUUGGAUACUCAACCAGAAAAUGUAAACGAAAUGGAAUCGUCCCUGGUCACUGAAGCAGCUCGAGGGGCAGAAACAAGUACAGAAAAAGGAUUUUGUGAAUUUGAUCUAAAUCAAGAAGUAUUUAAUGAUGAUACAGAGCAGUUAGCAACUCCAGUGUCUUUACCGGUAUCUGUUAUCUCUGUGUCUAGACCAGCUGCUUCUUCUGGAUUGCCUCUAACACCUUUGCAGUUUGAAGGGACCCUUGGAUGGAGAGGCUCUGCAGCCACCAGUGCUUUCCGCCCUGCUUCCCCACGUAAAGUUCCUGAUAGUGAUAGGACUCUUUCUAGUGGUGGAAAUUCUGAUAGUUCGAAGCAGAGGCAGGACUUUCUUGACAUUGAUCUGAAUGUGGCUGAGACUGGAGACGAGACCAGGAAACAAAACCUGGGAUCAUCUUUCCCUCCAUCGGGAGAGUUUUUAGUUGAAAGUGGACAAAGAAGAUCUGGGGGGCUAAAGCUAGACCUCAACUGCGCUGGUGACGAUGUGGAUGCUCCAGCAUCAGAUUUGAGAAUGGAGGGACCCUUUAACAAUCAGAAUAGCUACAGUGCUUCUCCGGCCUGCUCUUCGUCAUCAAUGCAACCUUUGGUGAGGAAUAUUGAUUUGAACAAUAGGCCAUAUGUUCAAGGUGAUGCUUCAGAUCAAGGUCCUGGUAAGUACUGUCAAAACGCAAGUGCUUAUGGAGGGCCUAGUACAGAUGCAUCUGUUAUUUCCAUCAUGGGUACAAGGGUGGAAGUUAGUAGAAAAGAUUUUGCUCUUCAUGCUUCAUCCUUGCCAAAUGGCAGAAUUGUUGAGCCUGCUGGGAUGGGUGCUACUUUGGCGAGAACAGGAGAUAUAUUAGGGAUGAAUUCUGCGGUCUCUUACCACCAGACUCCCUUUAUUGGUUACAAUGGACUGACACCAGGGCCUACCAUUUCGUUCUCAACCAUGUAUGAACCUAGUGGUUCUAUUCCUUACAUGGUUGAUUCAAGAGGAGCUGCUGUUAUGCCUCAAAUUAUGGGCCCUAUGUCAGCUGUUCCGCCUUCCUCUUACGCUCACCCACCAUUUAUCAUGGGCAUGCCAGAUGCACAGCUGACUCCUAAUGGCGCUGCUCAUUCACGUCCUAAAUUUGAUUUAAAUUCUGGAUUAGGUGAUUCUGGGGGUUUAAAGCAGCUUCUUUUCCCAGGUCAUCUCCGAUCCAUGGAAGAGCAGUUGAGAGCUAAUGUGCAACCCUCAAGUUCUGGAGUUGGUACAAAAAGGAAAGAACCAGAUUGCCCCGAUGGUGGGUGGGAAGGGUAUCUACUAAGCUAUAAACAUCAGCAGCCUCCAUGGAAACAGUAAUCCUCCCUCUCAUGAUCUCGUUCUCCACUUCGGACCAUUUCGUGAAUCCACAGAAGUAUACUGAUAAUCACUGCCAGAAAAUGAUUCAUACAAGGAUGCUGAACCCAUUAGCCUUAGUGUGGGGGUGGGUUUAAUUUAUGACUAAAUAAAGCUGGGUAACUUGUGCUGUUAUAUGAUUCACGAGAUUAGUUGUGGAGGGGAAAGUUUAGGGGCAUCUUUUUCUUUUUUCUUUUUUUUUUUUUCCCUUUUUUUGGGU